AUGGUGACGAAGAAAUCGACCUAUGUGGUUGGAGCUUCAGCCGAUGGCUAUGUGGUCAAUCUCCACUGGGGAAAGCGUUUGACACAACUUGACAACCUGAAUGCAACGGUGACUCCCAAUACUCUCUCACAGAAUCCACCUAUUACCUAUGCCAUGGAGGAAUUGCCGGCCUUUGGAGGAUUGCGUUACCGGGACAACGUUCUCAAGGUUGAUUUGCCGGAUGGUACUCGCGAGCUGAAUUUGCUAUAUUCAGGGGCAAAGAUCAAGGACGAUAACCUUCUUGAUAUCGAGCUACGCGAUGGCAACCGCACCGAUUUCAAAGUGACGCUGCAUUAUGAAGUGGACACCGAGAACGACAUGAUUCGGCGAUCGUAUACGGUGGAGAAUGGACUGAGCGAUCGGGUCAAUCUUGAUAUGGCAUUGUCGGCUGCAUGGCAUCCACCCACGGCGCUUAAUGUUGACGAGAAACGAGAGCUAUUAACAUUGGCAGGCGAAUGGAACAACGAGGCACAAGUACAAUCGACCGAGUUGAAGCCUGGAGUAGCGCAUACCAUCGAAAGCACCCGAGGAUUCACUGAUCAUGUGUCAUUUCCAUACUUUGCCAUUCGACAAGUACCAAGUGAAGUUAAUCCUGGCACGGAGGUGUACUUUGGCACUCUUGCAUGGGGUGGCAGUUGGGAAAUCACAGCACAUACCAACACCUAUGGCUAUACUCGUAUCAUUGGUGGCAUGCAUCAUCUCGACUUUGGAUGGACACUUGAACCUGGAGAAUCAUUCACAACCCCUGUGUUCGUUGCUGGAUUCACAGAUGAAGGCCUCCCAGGCGCACGUAGACGCGUACCACGCCAUGCUCGCAAGUACCAGCAAUCAAGUCUGCAAACACAAAAGGAUGAUAGCGUAUAUCACCCUGUUCUUUACAACUCCUGGGAAGCUGUUACCUUCGACGUCACCUACGACAAGCAAGUUGAAUUGGCGGACAAAGCUGCCCCACUUGGUGUUGAGCUAUUUGUUAUCGAUGAUGGCUGGUUUGGGGAUCGUGACAACGAUUCUGCAGGAUUAGGAGAUUGGUAUCCCAGCAAGAAAAAGUUCCCAGAUGGUCUCAAACCCCUUGCAGAUCAUGUGCAUGACCUCGGCAUGAAAUUUGGCGUGUGGUUUGAACCCGAGUCGGUCAAUCCAAACUCCAACCUUUAUCGUGAGCACCCAGAUUGGGCCCUCUACUAUGAUGGUGUCCCUAGAUAUGAAGCGCGUAAUCAGCUUUUGCUCAACCUUGGCAAACCAGAAGUACAAGAUUACAUCUAUGACCGAGUGAGCAGCGUUAUUGAAGAAAGUGGUAUUGAUUAUAUCAAGUGGGAUAUGAAUCGACCCUUCCAAGGUGUUACUAUGCAUGAUUACGAUCGAAAUCCUCGAGAAGCAUGGGUAUUGAUAGCUCGUGGAUACCACAAUUUGUUGGCAAAGCUCAAGAAACGAUUCCCCGAUCUGUGGAUUGAAAGCUGCUCUAGUGGUGGUGGUCGUAUGGAUCUCAGCGUGCUUGAAUAUGCGGACCAGGUGUGGACUAGUGACAAUACAAGACCCGAUGCUCGUCUUACGAUUCAAUAUGGUGCCUCAUUGUUUUUGCCUCCAAGGGCCAUGUAUGGUUGGGUGACUGAUAUGGGAGAGGAUGACAAUGUACACAUACCAUUGUCCUUCCGGUUCCACGCUUCUUUCAUGGGUGGCCUUGGUGUUGGUGCCAAUUUGAACAAGUACUCAGAGAAGGAUAUGAACGAGACCACGGGAUGGAUUUCAUUGUACAAGAGACUUCGACCAGUGAUUCAAAAUGGUGAUUUGGAUUGGUUGGUGCCACCUUCCCGAGAGGGCGAAUUCAUUGCUGCAUCGCAAACCACAUCACACGAUCAAAAAGAAGCGGUCGUUUUGUCAUUCCGUAUGAAUAGUCCUUUCUCAGCCGCAAUCAAUCCAGUACGACCACGCUAUCUCAAAGACGACGCACUCUAUAGGGUUCAAAUCUGGUUGGAGGAUCCAUACAAGAUUGCUGAGGAAUACACCAUGUCCGGAGCGUUAUUAAUGCACAAGGGCAUUAGCCUUGUUGCAUUGAAUAAUGCCAUGUUCAAAAGUGCAGUCAUUUAUUUGAAAGAAGCAUCUAAUUAA